AUGCUUCGCCAGCUCCGCCAGCUUUGCUGCGCGCUGCUCCUGUUGCUGUGCACCGGUGGCGGCCUCGUCAUUGCGGUGCCGCACCAUUGCGUGUUUGAUCGCCUGCCACGGAACGUUGGCGAAGUGACGGGCGGGGAGGAGCCGGCCAGUACUGUCACUGUGUCCGUGGGCAGUGACUGGGCGCCCCUCCGAAUCAAGGUGUUUGCGGAUGACCUGGAGGGGUUGGGGGGAUUCUGCACCAGGGCCGGGGAGCAUAUAAACAUGUUUUUUGGCAAGGAGAUGGUCUGCCAGGAGGAGGACAUUCUGACGGAGGAGAAGGUGGACAUUCUCGAGAACGUGAUUCUUUCCGAGGCGGCGAAGAUGCACAGCGAGCGUCUGCUGGUGCGGCCGCUGGAUGGCCCGCUGGUCGUGCCGAGGUUCCGUGAGGGCAGUGUUUGCGGGAAGUUUCCUGUGCCGGAGGAGCACCACACGGAUGGGGUGCCCGAUGCGGACAUGGUGCUGUACGCGACUGCUGUUCCGACGUUCAAGCCGACCUUUGCGUGGGCGAUGCCGUGCGCGACGUUGGGCCCGCGAGGGCGUCCUGUUGUUGGCGUCAUCAACUACAACCCGCGCCACAUCGAGAACACGUCGCAGCACAUCCGCGUGGCUGUGCACGAGAUGGCGCACGCCCUCGGCUUCAUUGUGGCGGACAUGGAGGAGCAGGCGCUGGUGAAGCGGGAGGAGGGUGUGCGUGGGAGGAGCAGUGUCCACGUUGUGAAUUCCCGGAAUACGCUGGAGCAGGCAAGGCACCACUACGGCUGCGAGUCAGCGCCGGGCAUUGGAGCUGGAGUUUGCGCCGCCAACGCGGAAUCCGGCGGCGCCAGGAGGGAAAGCAACACCACCACCACCGGCACCAGCAGCACCAGCGAAAGUAUCACCGAAGCCAUCAGGAUCAGAAACAGCACCUUCAGCAGGAAACCACCAGCACAAUCUGCGCAAUCAGCACCGGCGGCGCCAUCACCGGGACCGGUGCAACUACCAGAAACAUCAAAACCACAAC